AUGGAUUCCCUGCUAAUCUUGACCAUUUUCGUAUUACCUUCGGUGUGUUUGGAACUUUUUUUACCCUCUAAAAAUUUCGAUAAGGACAGCUUUCACGUAUACCAGAAUAUUAAUUACAACCAUUCAGUAUUUUAUGCUGCUCAUGUGACCCAUGUAUAUGUUAAAUAUGAGAGUAAAACAGAUGAUGUGAUCCGACGGGUUUUUUACCACGGAGUGGAAAUUUUCCAUGAUCAGGAUGAGAGGGAACCCGAUUUUAGGCGCAUUGUAAAUUAUACCAUUAUGGGUAGUAGGGUCGUCAUUUCUAUUCUUCCCUCAGUGGGUGACAAGCCACCCAGUUUUGAGAAUUAUGAAGCCUAUUAUUAUAUAGAUCACGGUUGUAUGUACGACCUUUCCCACAACGUGCCUCACUCAAUUCGAGUUGAUGCUAGAUCAAAUGCAGUUAAAGAGGAUGAUAUUUAUAUAUUUUUAGAAAGAAGAUUUACUCAUGGUAUUCUCGCAACUUUCCCAGUCAUGACAAUCAGGAAAAUCUUCAGACUCUUCUUCCCCAGAAGGAUUAUUGAUGAAGAUACUGAUUCCACAACUGAUACCUCAUCAGAACAAUCUACAGAUGUUACAUCUGAUACAUCAGAUGAGGUUUUGUCAGGAUCUGGAAUUGGCAGUAUGGACGGAAUUAUUAGCGAAGACCAAGAAGACACAUUCACUUCUGUAACUUCGAGGCUUCCUCGCAUAUCGGAGGAUAGAGAUGAUGAGUAUCAGUUGAGAGGAAAUUUGGAAGGAGAGGACGAAAUGAAUGAAUCUGAAAAUGAAGAAAUGAGCCAAUUUACGAAAAUUGAUCCUAAGGAUUCACUUUCCAUGAAACUAAAUCUUCAAGCAAAUCUUAAACUUUAA